CUUUGUGUGCGUGGACACGUCAGCAGACGCUCGAACAAUUAAAAUCUCAAAAUCACAGCUAUCCCUCUUCUCUCGCGCGGAAAUUUUUGUAGCGAAUCGAAUCCCAACUUUUUCCCGUUUCUUUGUCUGCAACCACGAAUCUUUCACAAGGAAUAUCUGUGAUUCUACUGAGUGUAUCAUGAAGGAUUAGGAGGAGUCGGAAGGUUGAAUUUAUAAAUCUGRAUAUUGUAAGGGACCAAGGAAAUGUCCUGCAAUAAGAGUGAGCAUAUUCCGCUGUCGGCGUUGUUGAAGCGUGAAUUGGCGAAUGAGAAGGCUGAGAGGCCGGAGAUCGUUAGUGGUCAGGCUAAUCAAUCCAAGAAAGGGGAAGACUUCGCAUUAGUUAAGAGCGAAUGCCAACGCGUGUUAGGGGAUGGUGUUACGACUUAUUCUGUCUUUGGGAUAUUUGAUGGCCAUAAUGGAUCUGCAGCAGCUAUAUAUACUAAGGAGAACCUUUUAAACAAUGUUUUGCGUGCUAUUCCUCCUGAUCUUAACCGUGAUGAAUGGGUGGCAGCGUUGCCUAGGGCUUUGGUGGCUGGGUUUGUGAAAACAGACAAAGAUUUCCAAGAAAAAGCUGAAAGGUCAGGGACAACUGUCACCCUUGUAAUUAUCGAGGGAUUAAUCGUGACAGUAGCAUCAGUUGGAGAUUCCCGUUGCRUACUUGAAUCUGCUGAUGGGGCAAUAUAUCAUCUAUCAGCAGAUCACAGACUUGACUGCAAUAAAGWAGAGAUGGAGCGUGUCACUGCAAGUGGUGGUGAGGUUGGUCGGCUAAAUACUGGUGGUGGUACAGAGAUUGGUCCUUUGAGAUGUUGGCCUGGUGGCUUGUGCCUUUCAAGAUCUAUCGGAGAUCGGGAUGUUGGGGAAUUCAUUGUUCCUGUUCCUUAUGUUAAGCAAGUGAAGCUAUCCUCUGGUGGUGGGAGGCUUGUUAUCUCAAGCGAUGGUGUCUGGGAUGCUCUUUCUGCAGAAGCGGCUCUGGAGUGCGGUCGUGGAUUGGCACCAGAAACAGCAGCAGCACAAGUUGUUAAAGAAGCUGUACAAGUCAAAGGAUUGCGGGAUGAUACAACCUGUAUUGUCGUUGAUAUACUACCUCCAGAAAAGACAAAUCCUCCUGUUCCACCACCAAAGAAGACCGGUAAGAGAGUACUGAAGGCCAUGUUCAAGAAAAAGAGUUCGGAGGCCCCACCUCAGGCUGAUGAAGAAGAAUAUUACGAACCAGAUGUGGUGGAGGAGCUAGUAGAGGAAGGAUCUGCUAUGCUCUCAGAACGGUUAGAUACCAGAUACCCGCUUUGCAAUGUUUUCAGGUUGUUUAUUUGUGCGGUGUGUCAAGUUGAAAUGAAACCUGGAGAAGGCAUUUCAAUACACCAUGGAUCAGAUAAUACUAGGGGAAAGUUAMGGCCGUGGGAUGGUCCRUUCCUUUGUGWAAGCUGCCAACAGAAGAGAGAAGCCAUGGAAGGGAAAAGACCAUCCAGAAACCCGCGAWACAGUAGCGAAAGUGAUUAGUGUUGCAAUUGCACCCUACAAAUACUUACAAUUGUUUCUUAGCAAAGCGUAGAUGCGAAGACCAAAAAGAUUGUCAAGAUAAGUUCUUUCCAUCUCAAGUGGCAUUGACUUUUGACCUUUGAUAAAUUUCUUUCAACUUUUGCCAAAUAUUGGUGGCUCAUGAGGGAUCUCUCUCUUUUAAAAGAUGAGAUUAGUAUUGUUUUCUGUAGUUAUAUGAACAUAUCUGCUGAAUGAUUUCGACUAAUCCUACCAUUGGAURGAUCUAACAUUGACCAUUACAGCCUCUUUAUAUGCUGUCACAUUAACGACGAUUGUAGUUCUUAUCCUA